AUGAUUGAGAAUUCCAUUUUGAACAAUCAAUUGGUUAUUCAAAGACCAGUCAUCAUCAGUUCUUUGAAACAAGCGACAUCAAGAGAUCAUUAUAAUCAAAACCAACCACAAAGGACUAUAUGGGAAUAUCAACGUACAGAUGAUCGUCAUGUUACUCUUCUGGAAUUCUUGAAAGUUAACGUCUACAGAAGAUACAUAUUUUUACCAGUUUGGAGAAUCAAAAGUUAUUUUAUAUACCCUAUUAUCUUUCAACUGGGAAAGUUUAAAGGUUUAUUUUCAAAUUUAUUCCCACCAAGGCUGAUCAAGAAUGCUCCUAAAGACAAUUUAGAGGGUCUUAAACAUGAUUACAAGCUGAAGGUCGGAUUCACUGAUUUACCACCUGAAAUAUGGAGAAUAAUCAUUGGCAAAACGGAUAGAAAGGAUUAUCAUAAUUUGAUGAUUACAGAUAAGAGAUUCCUUGACUUAGUUGCACCUUUGAUCUAUAAAGACAUAUUCAUCAAUACAUCAAUCACCAAAACCACCAAAAUGAAGAAUAGUGAUGAUACAUAUCCUAGAUACGGCCCUGAUUUGCCAAAUAUUUGUAAAGGAAACCACUAUGAUAUUUUCAAAAGAUCCAAAGAAAGUUCAUCAUUUGAAUAUGAAAUUGUUGGUACUAAAAUUGAUCAGAAAUCAUUCAAUGAGAUGUUUGAUGUUUUGUUUUAUCAAGAACCUAACGAAACACAUUCAGAAUAUGUUGAUAACUAUUCUCCAGUGAUCAUCAAUCAGUAUGAGAAAAUUAUAUUCAUAAUUAAGAAUAUUAUGUUGAAUCCAAAUUCAGUAAUGAAAAAACAUAUCAAGAAUUUUUUCAUUGAUAUAUCAAUUUUUGAUGGAUUUUUAGAGUUAAUUUUAAAACCUGAAGCACCAUUCAUCAAGAAAAUAAAAUCAUUUGAUAAUGAUACCAAAAAGUCCUGUCAUUUAUCAGCUUCCACAUUCGAAGAACUUUGGGUAUACCCUCUAUGGGAUGUUUUUUCAAGGUGUAAAUGGACAUAUCCUACUAGAUUUCAUUCCAAUAUAUUAUCAUAUCAUGAUGAAAUGAUUCAAAAAUUUCCACAACAAGUUUAUUAUAAAGAAUUUGCUGUUCAAGGCAUCCUUAAUUAUUUUUAUGGUACUAAUUAUGAACGAAGAAGAUCUUUAUUGAAUGUUUCCAAAUGUGAUGAAUUAACUUCAUUAAAUCCAUUCCGUCUUUGA